AUGAAAUAUGGUGAAAUGGAUAGGAGAGAUUUUUUUAACGAGAGUUGGAGUGGGGAUAUAUACCAUGCUUCUUCUCCUUUCUGUUCUGCCCAACUUUGUGCUUCUGUUGAAGACAACUACAAAUUGAUGGUUAUACUAUCGUGUAAAGAACUGCUAUCAGAAUGGUUGUGUCGUACUAAAUAUUUGAUCACGAAAAAGAAUCUCUUAUCUGUUGGAGUAGUAAAACGCUACUUCUUAUGUGAAACCAAGGAAUAA